AUGUGUGCUGCGUUGACAAAGGAACGAGUCACAUCGAGGCUGCUGGCCGAAGACCGCCGGAUCGGGCAGGCCGGCGGGUCGCCGGGGAUGGACAUCGAUGAGCAUAUCGGUGCACUCGGCCACUUGCUUUACUCGGAAGACGCCGCGCUUGCAGACUCGCAAUCGGAACCAGACUCGUCCCCGACUCGACGACCUGCCAGCAAGCCGACCGCGUAUGGCAUGCCCCUUGCUCGAUCACAGCAGGAAUUGAUCCUCGUCAAGUCUGAGGCGGACGACCAACCGGUCCACCGAUGGUUCAAGUGCCUACGGGCUGCUGCGCCUCGUUGGCCACCACGCAUUUCUUGCCAGCCUGAGGAGGAUGGUCAAGCUGCUAUGCCUGCCGAGCAAUCCCGCUUUCAGCCUCAUCAAAUCUCCCAGGUAGGGCCGGACUCAAAGCGCUCUACAAACAGCUCUCGAAGCUGCCAAAAGAUGUCGCGACUCUCAGCUCAACUCGCCUUUGAGCUCUACCAGACCGGAUUCAAAAAGUUCGAUAAACCGCUCUCGAAGAUCCAAAAGAGAUGUAUCUACUAUCACUAG